GCUUGCUCACUCCUUGUUUCAAUUUCAUUUUCAUUUCCCCGCCUUCUUUGGCCACCCCACGUUUUCCCGCAACUUCCCUCUCUCUCUCUCUCCCUCAACACCGACACUGUGCGCCACUUGCAACGACUCAACUCGCACACUUUGACCGCAGCCUCAGCAGAACAGCUCAACAAACACCACCCCCUUUUCCACCCCAAACCCCGCAUUUCAAACCUCAACGCACAUUCUACAAACACAAUGAGCCAGCAGCAGCACAAUCACACCAUGGCCGCGUUCGGCGAGACGCUCGUUCUCGAGUCGUACAAUGCAUUCUGCGAGCACGAUGCCGACGACGACGGUAGCAUGGUGAUGAUGAUGGACACGUCGUCGGCUUCAUCGUCGGCUGCGUCGUCGUCCGCGUCGUCGCUGACAGCAUCGCCCUUCUCAUCGGACGAGGACAUUCACUGCUCGGUCGCCGCAACCCAGGCGCGUUUGCUCGGUGUCGCCGCCCUCGCUGCCGUCGCAUCACCAUCACCAUCAUCAUCUGCAUCAGCAGCAGCAGCAGCAGCAGCAUCGGGCAGCAUCGGAUCGACCUUGUCCUCCUCUGCACCCAUGGCCGCUGCCUCAAUGACGGACGCGUACCGCCGCGUUACCCCUCCUUCCUACGACACACUCGCCGCGUACACCCAACAGCAGCAGCAACAUCAGCAGCAGCAGCAGCACGACUUGUUGGACAGCAGCAGCGACGAGGACGACGCCAUCCUUAGCAACACGGCAACUGGCACUGCCACCUCUUCCUUUUCCUCCUCCUCCUCCACCACUGUUUCGUCUUCCUCCUCGCCCUCCUCCUCCUCCUCAUCAGCAUCAGCAUCAGCAUCGCUCAGCCAACAACACCAGCAGUUCAUCCACCUCAGCAUCGAGGACGACGAAGACCUCGCCGAAGAGGCACUCCUCGACGAGGAGGAGGAGGAAGAGGCGGAGGAAUUCGCAACACCACAAGACCAGGACGUUAUUGCCGCAGGGUCCUCGCGCCUGCACGAGCUCCUGCGCCUCGCCGCCGCCCAGAAGCAGCAGCUCACCGACUCAUCCGACUCUGACGAGGACGACGCGCUGGACGACUUUGAGCACGAGUGGGAGGAGGAGCUGCGUUCCAACCUGGCCGCGAGCACUGCUUACGAUCUCGACGGCGAUUCGUCCGCUGCCGCCGACCAGCAACCACCACGCAAACGCACCCUGACCUUCGCCACCCACACGCGCGUCGCCUUCACCCACUCCCGCGACACCUACGACCGGACGUGCUGCUACCGUCUGCCCCAGACCAUGGAGGAGCUUGCCGCCAUUAAUGAGGAGAUUUUCAUGCUCAAGUGGCAUGAAAUGUUUGUCCACCCCGAAAGCCUGGGCAACAACACUUACCACGUCUAAACAAGCAACCCGCGCCGAAAAAGUGCGAAUAGACCGCAAGCGAGAUCCUUUGUGGCCGCCACCUUUUCCUCCUCGGAUACAGUCCAUAUUGCCAUACCGCGCCCUCGCUCAUUUGGUAUUUCCGAGGACGGUGCCGCGGCGCGCCAUAUCUGGUCAAGCGACACCUUGUUUCAUUUUUUAAUUGUUUGUUUCGUUUUUUUUUUUGGGUCUCGACCCGUUUGUUCUCUCUCUCUCCUACUUGCUUUCUUUGUUAACUCUUCUUCCUUCGGGUCGCUUCUUUCGUUAACUCUCCCCUCAGUUUUUUUUUGCUGUGUUGAAUCGACGAGGCCUACACCUCUCCUUUGGAUGCGUAGGACCCUCUUUUGUUGAUUUCAACACUCGGCUGGAAUUUUGCCAGUUUUGUCGCACUUUAUUCUUUUUGUCACCCUCUGCCGUUUGUUGACAACUAAUGGUUCAACACUCUUAGGGUCUGUGUUUUUGUUUGCGUAAUCUUAUUGUCUGUACUUUAUUUGCCUUUGUCACUGGCUGUUGGAAUCAUGGUUGUUGUACAAUCUCCCCCCCCCUUUGCCCUUUUUCCUGCUGCUGUUGCUUCAAUAUAUCCGAAAUUUCGAAAUGA